AUGGCAUCAUUCAAGCCCGCGCUCGUCAUUGUCGACGUGCAAGAGGAUUUCUGUCCGCCCAACGGUUCGCUUGCUGUUCAGGGAGGACGCGACAUUGUCCCUUUACUUAACGACCUCCUCGACCGCCCCUUCGCCAUCAAGGUAGCCACCAAGGACUUCCACCCGCAUGACCAUAUCUCCUUCGCCUCCAACCACGAAGCGCCCAACAACAAGCCCUUUGAGUCCUUCAUCACCAUUCGAAAUCCUCUCAACCUUUCUGAGACGCAAGAGACGCGUCUAUGGCCGGACCACUGCGUGCAGGGCACCAAGGGCUCUGAACUGCUUCCUGAGUUAAAUGUCGAGAAGGUGCACAAGAUUGUAGAGAAGGGGCAGGACAAGCGUGUGGAGAUGUACUCUGCAUUCGCAGACCCUUUCAAGAACCCUUGCGUGGACAAGAGCGGGCUUGCUGAUUUGCUACACGAGGAAGGCGUUACGGAUGUGUUCGUAGCAGGACUCGCAGCGGACUAUUGUGUGCGAUACACAGCACUGGAUGCAGCGAAGGAAGGCUUCAAGACGCGCGUCAUCGAAGAAGCGACCAGGGCAGUUGACCCAUCCGCCAUGGAUGAGGUACAUAGAGACUACGAGGAGGCAGGCGUCGCUGUCAUAGGAAAGGAUGACGAGUCGCUCAAGCUGGUGAAAUAG